GACUGCUUGCUUCAAUAGUCUGACAACUAUAUCACUCAAAUAACGUUUAUCCCUAUUUUUUCAAACAGUCAUCCUCUUUGUAUCAUCUAAAUAUUCCGUCUCAUUGUAAUUUCCGUAAAAUGGCAGCUAAAACGUCUGACAAAUUAGACAAAAUCAAAGAGGCUGUUGAUAGAUUUACUGUCAGACUGAGAAGGGGGCAUCUGAUUGGGUCCUAUGAAGUGGCCAAGGAGACUGCUUGUAUUCUCAAAGAUGUCAUUCAAAUUUGUCCUUGGAAAACUGAAGAAGAUUUAAUAAAUAUAUUGAAGGAAUAUGGAGACCAUUUGAGCCAACAUAAACCGCUAGAGUUGGUUAUUGUGAAUACGUUAAGAAGAAUUUUGUACGCUAUACGAGAGGAGUCUAAAAAUCUGCAGAAAAGAAACGAACUGAAAAAAAAAUUUAUAGGAAACGCCGAAGAAUCAGAUUUCUUGCGAAGCGUUUCCAUGUCCAUGUUGAUGCAAAACACUACUAGUGGCACCUCAUCUCAAUUGCUGCCCUACUUUACAAAAAAUGAGGUCCCUCAUCGUUCUGCAUCGCGUAUCAUAGAUACCUCAUCUCAACCUGGCUUGUUAAAAGUUUUGUCGACCAAAGACGAUCAGAGUCAAACUCUGUCGGAUGAAAACAUUGGCGAUUUGAAGGAUUUGAUAGUUGAGUGCGUUGAUGAAUUUAUUGAAGAGCUAGAUUCUGCUUAUAGUAAUAUUGGCGAUCAAGCUCAAGACCACAUUCAUGCCAAUGAAGUAAUUAUGACUUUUGGAAAAUCAAAGGCGGUAGCAGCUUUUUUAAAGGCUGCAGCGCGACACAGAAAGUUUGAGGUAAUUGUCGCCGAAGCAGCGCCGUCAUAUGCAGGCCAUGAGAUGGCGAAAUCACUGUCUUCAUGCAAUGCAGAGAACAAAGAUUCAACUGGUUCUAUUGAAGUUACGCUGAUCCCCGAUACGGCCAUAUUUGCUUUAAUGUCGAGGGUCCACAAGGUGAUUGUGGGCACACAUGCAGUUAUGGCAAGCGGUGGUCUUGUUGCAAGAAGUGGAUCGCACAUGCUGAUAGAGGCUGCAAAAUAUCAUAGUGUUUCGGUGGUUGUAUGCACUGGUAUUUACAAACUGUCGCCGUUGUAUGUGCACGACCUUGACACUUUCAACGAACUUCAUUCUCCGUCUGAAGUUCUAAGCUUCAAAAAAGCUCAAAGCUUGGACGUUUCUGUAAAGAAUCCGUCUUGGGAUUAUAUUCCUCCAGAAUUAAUCAGCCUAUACAUUACGAACAUUGGUAGUUAUAGUCCAUCAUACAUCUAUAGAAUCCUUGCUGAAUAUUAUUGCCCAGAAGAUGCAAAGAUAUGAAUAUACACAUAGAAAAAAUCCAUAAUCCAGUAAUUUUUUCUUAUCGAGGUGGCGCUCCUGAUGUUAAUAAAAGAGUUGACAUUUUUUUAUAUAUACAAUAAAUCUGUGACAAGUAUAUGACGAAUAAGUCUUUGCCUUAAAUCCUUGUUAUAAAAUGCCUCUAGGAAUUUUUAACACAUAUAUUUUAGCUUUUUUAGCAAAUAGCAUGUGCAUUUUGAUCUAUAACAUCGCCUAAGACCAAUUUCAGCUCCAAAUUUUGGCAGUGGAUUGAAAGAUGUACAAAUGGAUGCAGUAAGCAGAUAACCUCUUGAAUGUUACCUGUAUGGAAUAACAACAACUGAAAAUAACGAAAUAAAAAGGAGUAUGAUAGAUGCUAA